AUUUCUGGCCAUUUGGCCAUAUAGUUCACAAAAUAAAAGCAGAAAAUGAUUUAUGCUCACUAUACACAAAAUCCUUCCUCUGGCCCUCUUCCUCUUAUCUAGCAUCAUGUUACUAUUGCCAAACAAGUUCCCUAGUGGCUUUAUCCCAGGAUAGGACAUGUUGAAAGAGGAUGUUGGAGGUUUGGGACUGAAGAACCUUUAGAGUUGGGAUGGUUCUCUUCCAGGUUCUAGGGACCAUCUCUUUUUGCCUUGCUGAUUUCAGAACUUGUAUCAGUGGCAGAGGGCUUUAGAACACAAUUCCCUAGGACCCUCCCCAAAACCCAUAAACCAGAUUCAGGCUCCUGCCCCACAUUCCCAUAACACCUUAUACUUCUUUAAUGUUAACACGCAUCAUGUUUUAUUGAAAUUAUGUAUUUACUGUCUGCUGUUAAUUAAGGGGUAUAAAGACAGUUACACUCAGUGAAGGCAGGGAAUCCUUGUUUGUUUCCCCUCCUUCCUGCUGUAUCCUCAUUGUCUAGAAUGAUGGCUGGCACCCUGUAGUCACUCAAUAAACUUAUUAAAUGAAUGAAAAAAAGGACAUUCUAGGCAGAGGGAACAUAAGAAGCCAAGAUACGUGGGUGAGAAAUGGUGAAAUGUGUAUAUGUACAUGGGAAACUGUGUAGCUUAAGUAUUGAGUGUGUGAGUGGAAAAGCGGAAAAACGACAGCAUGAGACUGUACGGGGUUUCAUAUGGCAAGUUAAGCAGCUUAGACUUUCUAAGUGGUAGGAAGCCAGUGAGGAGGACUGCUAAAGCAGUGAGGUAAAUUGCCAUUGUGUUUGAUAGCAUUUAUUCAUGGCAUGGGCAGCUUCCUAUGCCCCUCCUAACACACUUCCUGCCAAGAAGCAGAUAAUAAUCUACAAAGUAGUUUAUAUGCUAUACGCCCAGUAAACUCACUGAGUAUCUAAUCUACAAAUUUCCGUGGCUGAGAUAGGGGUAUCCAAAGGGAGCCAACGUAGCUGGAAAAGUAACUACAGUCAGAGACCUUUCACAUUCUAAACUGAGCAUCUGGUACACGGCAGCAAUUUUAAGUUUCUCUGACCUUGCCUGAGCGUCAGCAGGAAGUCAUACAUGAAAAACCCUUCACCCUAUUUCCUCUGCCUGGGCCCAGGAGGUCUGCCUCACCCCCACACCUCCUCAGAUAGUGUCUCUUGUUCCCUCCCAAUAAGACGUCCUUCCUAAUACUGCCUUUCUGGUUUUCCAAGGUGCUCUUUUCUUGUACCUGUGCUUUACCUCUUCCAGGUGGAAUUCCUUGGACAGCAGUGAAGGAGUCAGCAGUCAAGCCUCUUAGCAGACUAGACCAAAGGGUCACAUUCUUUGACCCUUUCUGGAACUAUUUUUAUACUUCCUUGGGGACUUGCAAGGAACGAGUGACAGAGUGAGAUCAAGGGAGAAGUCUUCAGGGACUGAGUGUGGAAAACGUGCCCCAAAUCCUGGAAGAAUAUGACCUUUGUUUCCUUUUGUUUCCUUUCUAUUUCCAUUUUCUUCUCAUUUCCUCCCCUUCUACUCUUGCUUCCAUUUCUUUUCUCCUUUGUAAUGCACCUUUCUCUACUUUCUAAUUUCUCUUUCUCCCUCCUUCUUCUACCUCUCAUCCUUCCCCAGCACUCUCAUUGCUAGUAAUGGCUACCUUUGAUUCCGUUCUUUGCCGAACACUGUGUUAAGUGCUUUGUACGCAUCAUUUCAUGGCACUCUAUGAGUUAACAGUAUGUCCAUUUGGCAGGUGAGGAAAGUGAAACACAGAUUGAAUCAUUUAUCUAAGCCCAGCAGACGGUAAUAGAAAUUUGUCAAACCUCAGUAAGUUAACUCCCGCAUCUGUCUUUUCUUAACCCUUCCAUAGUCUUUUUCUCCAUUUCCAACUCCCCCUUGUCCUUGCCUUUUCUUCUCUUCUUUUUAUUCCUCCCCUUCUCUCCCUCCUUCUUUUUCUCAGACACUCACCAUAGUUCAGUCACUGCACGUGUGUGGCUGACCCUGAAGGUGCUGAACGCUGUAUAUGUGCCCAGAAGAGAGGACAGACAAUUCAAACUCUUAUCUAAUCAGCCUUUUUCCUUUUGAGCACAUGCUCCACAAUUUUCCCCAUUUGGAGGCUGAAAGAGGGGGCGCUUCGCCACCUAAGGAAAUGGGGCAGAUGUCUGAUCACAAAUGACAGGAAAGGCCUCGAUACAUGGAUGGGUCUUUGAUAUAGAGAGGAGCAGAGAUAAGACCCUUUCUGCUCACUCAGGAACUCCCUCAUUCCCAGGGACUCUGUAUACUCUCAAGGUUGGGGACCCGGGGUCUGAGAGAAGACAGGGCCAGGAGGUUGGUCCCUGUCAAGGCAACAAUCAACUCAAGAGCUGAGGAAGCCUGGACUAUAAAAUGCACCACCCUGACCCCAUCUUUCCCCACAAGGCUGAAGAAUGUUCAGACAGAAACCAGGAGCACGUUGGCAGCAAAGAUAUGAAGGUCAAUUUUGAAUUUGACAAACCUCUAAAGUCCCACCCAAAUCUGAGGUUUUAUGAUUCUAAGAAAGGAAUAUUUAUGCUCCAUUCCCUCCGAGAUCUUUGUCAUCCUGUUGGUUAGGAAUGAUUAGAGACUUACACUGUAAGAACAUAUAUUAUUCACUAAGUAAGAAUUCUGGAGGUAGGGAGCCUCAAGAGUUGCUUCAGAGGCCUCAGGGCACUGGUUGACAUUUCUGAGAUUCUCUGGACAGCUUUAGACAUCUUGGUUCAUACAACUCUGUCCACAGGCAGGAAGCGGUGGGGGCAAGCGGAGCUCACUCCUAUUCACUGGGGGAUGGGAGCACUGUGAGUAGGCUCCCUCCUGUUCACCAGGGGAUGGGAGCACUGUGAGUGAGGUUCCCUCUUGUCACAGGGGGAUAGGAGCACUGUGAGUGAGGCUCUCUCCAUUUACUGGGAGGUAGAAAAACCUUUUCUGGAGCAUUCCCUCUACUUUAGAUUCUCCCCAUACCUCACCUACCAGAACUAACUGCAGAGGAGAUUGAGAAAGCAAUACCUGGCUUUUUCACCCUGCCAAUGGGAGGCAGGCAAGAAACAGGGAAUUGGUUUUCUAUUGGGUAGGAAACAACAGUGCCUGUCAGCCCCUCCUUCCUUCACUCAACUAACAUGUAUUAAACACCUACUGUGGGCCAGGCUCUGGUGAUACAGAAGAGAAGACAGUCCCCAUUUUCAAACAGUCCCUACUGGGAGAACACAGACAGGCAGAGGAUUACAACACAAGGCGGCAAGCACUGGGAGACAAAAGUUUUGCCAUCUGUGACCUGGCUGUGCCAAGAUGGGCGAUUGGAGCUUCCUGGGAGAAUUCCUGGAGGAAGUACACAAGCACUCGACCGUAGUAGGCAAGGUCUGGCUCACUGUCCUUUUCAUAUUCCGUAUGCUCGUGCUGGGCACAGCUGCUGAGUCUUCCUGGGGGGAUGAGCAGGCUGAUUUCCGGUGUGAUACGAUUCAGCCUGGCUGCCAGAACGUCUGCUACGACCAAGCUUUCCCCAUCUCCCACAUUCGCUACUGGGUGCUGCAGAUCAUCUUCGUCUCCACGCCCUCUCUGGUGUACAUGGGCCACGCCAUGCACACUGUGCGCAUGCAGGAGAAGCGCAAGCUACGGGAGGCCGAGAGGGCCAAAGAGGUCCAGCGCUCUGGCUCUUACGAGUACCCGGUGGCUGAGAAAGCAGAACUGUCCUGCUGGGAGGAAGGGAAUGGAAGGAUUGUCCUCCAGGGCUCUCUGCUCAACACCUAUGUGUGCAGCAUCCUGAUCCGCACCACCAUGGAGGUGGGCUUCAUUGUGGGCCAGUACCUCAUCUACGGAAUCUUCCUGACCACCCUGCAUGUCUGCCGCAGGAGUCCCUGUCCCCACCCGGUCAACUGUUACGUAUCCCGGCCCACAGAGAAGAACGUCUUCAUUGUCUUUAUGCUGGCUGUGGCUGCACUGUCCCUCCUCCUUAGCCUAGCUGAGCUCUACCACCUGGGCUGGAAGAAGAUCAGACAGCGAUUUGUCAAGCCGCGGCAGCACGUGGCUAAGUGCCAGCUUUCUGGCCCCUCUGUGAGCAUGGUCCAGAGUUGCACACCACCCCCCGACUUUAAUCAGUGCCUGGAGAAUGGCCCUGGGGGAAAAUUCUUCAAUCCCUUCAGCAAUAAUAUGGCCUCCCAACAAAACACAGACAACCUGGCCACUGAGCAAGUGCGAGGUCAGGAGCAGACUCCUGGGGAAGGUUUCAUCCAGGUUCGUUAUGGCCAGAAGCCUGAGGUGCCCAAUGGAGUCUCACCAGGUCACCGCCUUCCCCAUGGCUAUCAUAGCGACAAGCGACGUCUUAGUAAGGCCAGCAGCAAGGCCAGGUCAGAUGACCUAUCAGUGUGACCCUCCUUUAUGGGAGGACCAGGACCAGAUGGGAACAAAGGAGGCUGAGAGAGGAAAGAUAUCUCUCUUCUGAACUGAUGCUUUCUCACUGUCAUCACUGCUUGGCUCCUUUGGACCCUGGGUCUCAAUGACAUUGCUCAUUAAUUCUAGAAACUGUAAUCAGGGCUCUGGGAUAGUAAGAGACAUGACUAUCCACCCAGACUGCAGUUCCCUCCCCACCCUCUACCCAGUAUAUGAAGCCUUUCAGGUUACUCAUGAAACAGGGUAGAGGGAGGGAAGGGAAGAAUGGCCAAAGCUGGCCUGGAAGGGAUAGCCAGAGGGAUAGAAUGACUCUCUCUCUACAUACCAGCAACAUACCAGAUGCAUUCUUUAAGUUCCUACCUCCUUGACCUGAUCACCCUCCCUCCUCCAAGGAAGAGCUCAAAGUUCCCAGCCAACAGAGAGCAUGAAUCAAGGAACUUGCAUUAUAUGUGCUCCUUGAGUCUGUUAUCUCCAUGGACCAUUCCUCAGAGUAGUGGUGAGAUGGCUUUGGGUUACCUUUGGCUUCUGCCCCCUCUACUCAGUCUUAAAAAGGGUUUCUUGGAACUUUACCAGCAGCCUCAACUUUACAAAUGCCUUGGUAUAUACCUUUGGCAAAUGCCCCACCUUGGUGAUGUUGCAACCUUUCCUUCUGCCAGGGUGUACACCUAGCCUGUGAAGAUGUCAGCUCUGCUAGGGAGUCACUGUACACACAAACUCCACUGGAAUUCCUGCCAACAUCUGUCAUCCUGCAGCUCCUUUACAGUUCAAUCCAAUGAUAGAAACCAUCCCUUCCCUUUCUCCCUUGGCUGUUCACCCAGCCAUUCCCUGAAGGCCUUAUCGACAGGGAUAUCCAAGAAGCCGUUGUCCUCUCUCGAACCCUGACCAGAUCCCCAGCCACUGAGGCCAGUGGAAUUUCCCCAGGCCUUGUUAAAACAAAGAAAGCAUUGUACUUCUCAGAUUCCCCUUGUGGAAAAAAAAUUCUGUUGUGAAGAUGAAAAUAAAAUAGGAGAGAAAACACUGGAAAACUAUUUUCCCCUCCUAUUUACUUCCUUUGCUGACUGCCAACUUAGUGCCAAGAGAAGGUGUGAUGACAGCUAUGGAGGCCCCCAGAUCUCCUUCUCCUGGAGGCUUUAGCAGGGGCAUGGAAAUAGUAGGGGAAUCUCCAGCUCUCUUGGCAAGGCCUUUAUUUAAAGAGCACAGAGAUUCUUAUGUCUCCCUAGUGCCCCUAAUGAGACUGCCAAGUGGGGGCUGUAGAAAAGCCUUGCCUUCUCCAGGGACUGGCCUUGUUUCUGUAUUCACUGGAUCCAUAAUGGGUUACUGUUGUUUUGGAUGAAGGUAAAGGAUGCUCAGAAUUGUUGGAUACUGAGACUUAUAGAGAGAUUAUUGCAUUAUUAAAAUGCACGUGUGUGUGUGUGUGUGUGUAUGUGCUGAUAGGAUGGGUAAAGGCUAGAGGAGUCCUGAAAUAAGGAAAGGAAACCACAGAGAAACUUGUGUCUUCCUGCUCUCCUCUCCGGCUGCCUCGCAGAGGGGCUAAGCCUCACUGUCUUGGUGUUAUUAACCUAAACAGAUAGGCACGAGAGGUUGGGACAGAGGAGGCUAAAGGCUCAGGAGAUUCAACCUCUCACUCACCUGCCCGUCUCUGGGCCCUCUGCUGAUACUUGGAUGCUAUUGUUGGGUGGAAAGAAAAAUGAGAGUGGGCAAGUGGAGGAAAGUGACUAGGAUGCCAUUUAGGAAGGAAUGUCUGAUCCUCCCAGGUCCCUGGAGGGGACACCUUUUAAUCUAUUGCCUAGCAUUAAUAUUUUCUCUCCUUCUAUCUCUGAAAUGUUUUAUGAAAUGAGCGUUCUUGAAUUGGAAGUUCUGUGGGAUCAAUCUUUGAUGGUGAGGGUUUUAGAAAGGAAAAAUUAAGUAAAAUGUGUAAUUUGUCUAAAUAAAAUCUAUCUCUACAUCUGUC